AUAUUUCACACUAAGCGCACUUUUUAGCUGGCCACAUCGCCCGCACCUCUCCAUUCUCAGUUUUACCAGCUACCAAGAAAGUCUACACGUUGAACCUUUCGUGAUGGCAGCGUAAACCGGCAACCCCCGCAACACCCGUGCAAAUAAUUUUGCACUAUGGCACCCCAACACAAUGUCGUUUUCCUCUUCGCCCUGGCAAUUGCUGUAAAGGCACAAGAUACAGAACCCAUUUAUACCUACGAUGACUUCUACACUCAACAUGGAGGACCUCAACCUCUUGUCGGAGGACUGGCAGCUCGAGCCUUCGCUCGGACUGACCCUGUUCGAUGAUCCAUGGAAGAACGUCGACUUAGAGUCGACAGAUGUUGUCAAGACUCCGCUCGAUAGCGGCGUCGAUGACCUCAGCGCGCUGCUUGGAGCUCAGACAGAUCAUAUCGCAGACCCCUUCUGCGAUGAGUGGAUGGAGAAUGUUGGCAUCACGGAGAUGCUACAGAGCCUGGUGGAGGACUCUGCUAGUGCCAUGGAUGUCAAUUCAGUCCCAGAAACUUCAUGGGAAGCUGCAGACACCUCUUCUGAGGCCAAGGGUCAUGAAAUUCUACGAAGCUUGAUAGAGCAGGGCUUGGAGCCGGAAUCAACCCCACCGUCACCAGAGGCACAGGUGGCUCCAACUAUAGACCUGGGCGCUGUGUCCUUGGACUCUAGUCUCGAGACUCCCAUGUCUCCCAUACAUAUAACAAACAUGGAUGGAAUCAUGCAUUCACCUCUCUCCGCAGAAGAUGUAGAAAGCCUCCUGUCUGGCUCCGAGCCCUCCUCCCCCCACUCAAGUUGUGCGACAGACGUUGUGAGUGACGCAUCCACUUGCAGUGAGCUACAAGCGAUGCUUUUGGACAAUACCCCUAAAUCAAAUGGCAAAUCUAGAAUUAGGUCGUCGCCCUAUUCUAAGUCUAGCGGGCGUAGUACAAAGUCUAAGGUUAAGGACACAGAUGACUUAGAUCUUCAUGUUGAGUUUCUUUCUAAGAAAGACAAAAAGAAGCUGCAAAACAAGAACGCUGCCAUCAGAUAUCGCCAGAAGAAAAAGGCAGAAGCCGAAGAUGUAAAAAGUGAGGAAAAUGGUCUCGAGGAUAAGAACAAAGAACUACAUGACAAAGUUGAUCAGUUGACACGCGAGAUUCAGUACAUGAAGGACCUCAUGUCAGAGGUGUUAAAAGCCAAGGGCGUUAAGUCGUGAAGUGUAGAUAAAAGUUAGUGUGAAUGUCAACUUGUACAUAUUGUGGAUGAAAGGUGUGUGAAUUCGAUGUAAUAAAUGUUCGUAAAUUAUGACAA